AUGAGAAAUCGAAUAAAACCACAAUUGAAAUCUAAAGGCAGAAACAGAGGGGUCCGUAUCACUUCAGGUCCUCCAGCUUGGGUAAAAGAUCUAUUAAAUAAAAAUCCCACUUGGUUAAAAUUUCCUCAUAAAAAUGGUGGUUAUAUAUUAUUUGGAGGAGAAAAUAAUCUUCAAGUACUUA